UCUUUUGACAGAUACACAAAUUUGUCUUCUAAUUUCCGCUACUGGUUUACCCAUCACGAGUCGCACCGCGUGACAUUGCGCAGUAUAUACUAACAACAUGGAUUCAGUCAAUCUCUUCAAGAUUGGAAACCAGGCGAGACGCAUUGGGCGAACUACUAAGGGUCUCAAAUAUGGUUGGCUGAAUCCCUUCAACCAUAUUGAAUACGAGACACCUGUCCGAGCCAACACAUAUCACACUGCUGAAAGGGGAGAAGCUGGCAUCACCAGUGCCGAGACAACUACGCCACUUCAUCACGCCAAUACAGCGCCCGAUGUCCUGGAAACGCCAGUUCGUCUAAACACGCAUAUGAGCCAAGAGGGUGAACGUGCAGCACCAAGCGAUGAAAUAUACGACUCACAGGCAACGACCGCCGCCAGCCCCGUCUCUGCACAGGACAAUCAAGGUCCCCGCCACCGGCGUAAGAUAAUGGGCGUUCCAGUUGGACGUGCCCAUUCUAAUGACACUGAUGUAUUAGAGGGGAAGGACGAGCUAAAGAGUCUGAAGGGUGAUUUCACCCUCAAGAAUCAGCUCCAGCGGACAAUCUUUAGCAGCCCAAUUAAUAUUCUGCUUCUCGCUGCCCCGGCCGGUAUUGCGCUUUGGGCUCUCAAGAUUCCAGGCCCUGCAGUCUUUAUCGUCAAUUUCAUAGCCAUUAUUCCCCUCGCUACUUUGCUUAGCGACGCAACGGAACAAGUUGCGCUUCGAACAGGUGAAACUAUAGGUGGUUUGAUCAAUGCGACAUUCGGCAAUGCCGUUGAGCUCAUUGUUGCUAUCAUAGCGCUUGUAGAUAACCAAGUUACAGUUGUGCAGACGUCUCUUGUUGGCAGUGUCCUAUCCAAUUUGCUUCUAGUUUUGGGAUUUUGUUUCGUCGCUGGAGGUUGGAAUCGUUCAGAGCAAUUUUUCAACACCACCGUCGCUCAAACGGCUGCUAGCUUGCUUGCAUUGUCUGUCGCCAGUUUAAUUGUUCCCACCAUUUUCGCCCAUACACCAGACCUCUAUAACGAUGACGCGGUCACUUCGCUCCCGUCAUAUGCGGUUCCUCAGCUCUCCCAUGGUGUCGCUGUCAUCCUGCUUCUGAUCUACUUCUUUUUUCUAUUUUUCCAGCUCAAAACACAUAGCGCGAUGUUCAGCGAAGAGAGCCAGAAAGUACCCAAGAAAGAAAUCUUCAAAAAGAAAGAGGCUCUCCCUGAGAAUGCAGUGGUUUCAGGAUUCGCACGCGCUGGAGCGAUUGGAGCUGCUGCCGCCAACGUAACUGCCAAUGCACAGGAUGGGAACGGAGAACCGAGUGUUAAAAUGAUGCAAGUUCCAACAGCUUCCGAUGAUGAUGAUGAUUCAGAGGAACCGAGGCUACAUUUAUUCGUGGCAUUGGGCAGUCUCACCAUCUCUACAGUCAUCAUUGCUCUCUGUGCUGAGGGCUUGGUCAGUGGUAUCGAGCCCAUAUCAUCGGUGGUCAGUGAGGAAUUCAUCGGCCUUAUCCUUGUUCCCAUUGUCGGAAACGCAUGUGAACACGCGACUGCUGUUACAGUUGCUAUGAAGGACAAAAUGGACUUGGCGAUAGGUGUGGCUAUUGGUUCUUCGAUGCAGGUUGCUCUGUUCUUAAUCCCGCUACUUGUGAUUAUCGGCUGGGGCAUUGGUAAUCCCGACAUGACGCUCGCUUUUGACACGUUUCAAGUUGUCACUCUGUUUGUCGCAGUUCUCCUCGUCAAUUAUCUAAUUGGCGACGGAAAAAGCCACUGGCUGGAAGGCGUCCAGCUGAUUGCUCUAUAUGUAAUCAUUGCAGUCUGUGCGUUCUACUACCCUAACGGGACCGGUGUUGUUACCGAGGAGGCCGCUACUGCGUUAAGAAUAUAGUAACCUGUCUGAGGAAUUUGUCACGACUCGUCCAAUUUCCAAAUCCGAGAAACCACGCCUUUUAAUUUUUCGAUUCUUGUACCAAUUUUUCAUUGCACUGUAUAAAUGGAUGGCCCAGUAUAUCUUGUGGUUACACAACAUAAAACGCCUUUCGGGCUCUCCAGACUGCCACAAAUCGCAAUCCUCGCAUUUGGGAUACUGGUUGGUUUGAGGAGCCAUCCGACAGAGUUCGAAAGGAUAAGAGAUGGAGUCAGGUGUUUCGGCGUUUCUUAGUCUUUUUUUUUUU